CGCGCCGCCGCUCGCUCACCUGCGCUCCCUCCCGCCUCUCGGUGCGCGCCCGGCCCGCCAGCCGCCACCGCCCGCACCCCGAGCGCCACCAUGAACUCGCUCUUCAGGAAGAGAAACAAAGGCAAAUACAGCCCCACUGUGCAGACCCGGAGCAUCUCUAACAAGGAGCUUUCGGAGCUGAUCGAGCAGCUGCAGAAGAAUGCCGACCAGGUGGAGAAGAACAUCGUGGACACGGAGGCCAAGAUGCAGAGUGAUCUGGCUCGGCUGCAGGGGGGACGGCAGCCUGAGCACCGGGACGUGACCCUGCAGAAGGUGUUGGACUCCGAGAAGCUGCUCUAUGUGCUGGAGGCGGACGCGGCCAUUGCCAAGCACAUGAAGCACCCACAGGGGGACAUGAUUGCUGAGGAUAUCCGCCAGCUGAAGGAGCGCGUGACCAACCUGCGCGGGAAACACAAGCAGAUCUACAGCCUGGCGGCAAAGGAAGUGGACCCACAAGUCAACUGGGCGGCGCUGGUGGAGGAGAAGCUGGACAAGCUGAGCAGCCAGGGCUUUGGGACUGACCUGCUGCUGGUGGACCACCAAGUAGAAGAGCAUAACAUCUUCCACAACGAGGUCAAGGCCAUCGGGCCCCACCUGGCCAAGGACGGGGUCAAGGAGCAGAACAGCGAACUUCGGGCCAAGUACCAGAAACUGCUGGCAGCAUCACAGGCCCGGCAGCAGCACCUGAGUUCACUGCAGGACUACAUGCAGCGCUGCACCAACGAGCUGUACUGGCUAGACCAGCAGGCCAAGGGCCGCAUGCAGUACGACUGGAGUGACCGCAACCUCGACUAUCCCAGCCGCCGGCGCCAGUACGAGAAUUUCAUCAACCGGAACCUGGAGGCCAAAGAGGAGAGAAUCAACAAACUGCACAGCGAGGGUGACCAGCUGCUGGCAGCCGAUCACCCCGGGAGGAACUCCAUUGAGGCACACAUGGAGGCUGUGCACGCAGACUGGAAGGAGUACCUGAACCUGCUCAUCUGCGAGGAGAGUCACCUCAAGUACAUGGAGGACUACCACCAGUUCCACAAAGACGUGAAGGACGCUCAGGAGCUGCUGCACAAGGUAGACUCGGACCUGAACCAGAAAUACGGCCCUGACUUCAAGGACCGGUACCAGAUUGAGCUGCUGCUGCGGGAGCUGGAUGACCAGGAGAAGGUGCUGGACAAGUAUGAGGACGUGGUGCGGGGGUUGCAGAAGCGAGGCCAGCAGGUGGUGCCCCUCAAGUACCGCCGGGAGACUCCGCUCAAGCCCAUCCCCGUGGAGGCACUCUGUGACUUUGAGGGGGAGCAGGGCCUGAUUUCGCGGGGCUACAGCUACACCCUGCAGAAGAACAACGGGGAGAGCUGGGAACUCAUGGACAGCGCUGGGAACAAGCUGACUGCUCCGGCUGUCUGUUUCGUGAUCCCCCCCACAGACCCCGAGGCCCUGGCUCUGGCUGACAGCCUGGGCAGCCAGUACCGGAGCGUGCAGCAGAAGGCAGCCAGGAGCAAACGCACGCUGCAGCAGCGGUAUGAGGUGCUGAAGACCGAGAACCCCGGAGAUGCCUCUGACCUACAAGGGCGGCAGCUGCUGGCUGGCUUGGACAAGGUGGCCAGAGACCUGGACCGGCAGGAGAAGGCCAUCACAGGGAUCCUGCGGCCACCGCUGGAGCAAGGCCGGGCUGUGCAGGACAGUGCUGAGCGGGCCAAAGACCUCAAGAACAUCACCAAUGAGCUACUGCGGAUUGAGCCUGAGAAGACUCGGAGCGCGGCUGAGGGCGAAGCCUUCAUCCAGGCCCUCCCGGGCAGUGGCACCACACCCCUGCUGAGGACCCGGGUGGAGGACACCAACCAGAAAUACGAGCGCCUGGUGCAGCUGCUGGACUUGGCCCAGGAAAAGGUUGAUGUGGCCAACCGCCUGGAGAAGAGCCUGCAGCAGGGCUGGGAGUUGCUGGCCACACACGAGAACCAUCUGAAUCAGGAUGACACAGUGCCCGAGAGUAGCUGCAUCCUGGACAGCAAGGGGCAAGAGCUGGCGGCCAUGGCCUCUGAGUUACAGGCCCAGAAGUCCCUCCUGGGCGAGGUGGCGCAGAACUUGCAGGCAGCCAAGCAGUGCUCGAGCACACUGGCCAGCCACUUCCAGGAGCACUGCCCGGACCUGGAGCGCCAGGAGGCCGAGGUGCACAAGCUGGGCCAGCGUUUCGACAACCUGUGCCAGCAGGUGGAGCGCAGGGUGCAGAGCCUACAGAGUGCCAAGGCGGCCUACGAGGACUUCCACCACGGCCGUGACCACGUGCUGCAGUUCCUAGCCAGCAUCCCCAGUUACGAGCCUCAGGAGACAGACAGCCUCAGCCAGAUGGAGACUAAGCUGAAGAACCAGAAGAACCUGCUAGAUGAGAUAGCAAGUAGGGAGCAGGAAGUACAGAAGAUCUGUGCCAAUUCCCAGCAGUACCAGCAAGCUGUAAAGGACUAUGAGUUAGAAGCAGAAAAACUACGGUCUCUUCUCGACUUGGAGAAUGGAAGGAGCAGCCACGUGAGCAAGAGAGCCAGGCUCCAAUCUCCCGCCACCAAAGUGAAGGAAGAGGAAGCAGCACUUGCCGCCAAGUUCACUGAAGUUUACGCCAUUAACAGACAGAGGCUGCAGAAUCUGGAGUUUGCUCUGAAUCUCCUGAGACAGCAGCCGGAAGUCGAAGUGACCCACGAGACCCUGCAAAGGAACAGGACAGACUCUGGAGUGGAGCAGGCGUGGAAGAUCAGGAAGCAACUGGAUGAGGAGACUGAGCGGAGGCAGCAGCUGGAGAACGAGGUCAAGAGCACCCAGGAAGAAAUCCGGACCUUGAGGAAUCAGGGGCCUCAGGAAUCGGUGGUGAGGAAGGAGGUGCUCAAGAAGGUGCCGGAUCCCGCACUGGAGGAGAGCUUCCAGCAGCUGCAGCACACGCUGGCGGAGGAGCAGCACAAGAACCAGUUGCUGCAGGAGGAGCUGGAGGCACUGCAGCUGCAGCUGCGUGCCCUGGAGCAGGAGACCAGGGAUGGGGGGCAAGAGUACGUGGUCAAGGAGGUCCUACGCAUUGAGCCCGACAGGGCCCAGGCGGGUGAGGUCUUGCAGCUGCGGGAGGAGCUGGAGGCACUGAGGCGGCAGAAGGGCGCCCGGGAGGCAGAGGUGCUCCUCCUGCAGCAGCGUCUGGCCGCCCUGGCCGAGGAGAAGAGCCGGGCACAGGAGAAGGUCACCGAGAAAGAGGUGGUGAAACUGCAGAAUGACCCCCAGCUGGAGGCAGAGUACCGACAGCUGCAGGAGGACCACCAGCGCCAGGGCCAGCUCAGGGAGAAGCAGGAGGAGGAGCUGAGCUUCCUCCAGGACAAGCUCAAGAGGCUGGAGAAGGAGCGGGCCAUGGCCGAGGGCAAGAUCACCGUCAAGGAGGUGCUCAAGGUGGAGAAGGACACAGCCACCGAGAGGGAGGUCAGCGAUCUCACCCGCCAACACGAGGACGAGGCUGCCAAGGCUCGCGCUAGCCAGAGGGAGAAGACGGAGCUGCUCCGGAAGAUACGGGCCUUGGAGGAGGAGAAUGCCAAAGUGGUGGUGCAGGAGAAGGUGAGGGAGAUCGUGCGGCCAGACCCCAAGGCGGAGAGUGAGGUGGCCAACCUCCGCCUGGAGCUUGUGGAGCAGGAGCGAAAGUACCGGGGCGCCGAGGAGCAGCUCCGGAGCUACCAGAGCGAGCUGGAGGCCCUCAGGAGGCGAGGCCCCCAGGUGGAAGUCAAAGAGGUGACUAAGGAAGUCAUUAAGUACAAAACUGACCCCGAGAUGGAGAAGGAGCUUCAGCGGCUCAGGGAGGAGAUCGUGGACAAGACCAGACUGAUUGAAAGGUGUGAUUUAGAGAUCUACCAGCUCAAGCAGGAAAUCCAGGCCCUGAAAGACACCAAACCCCAGGUCCAGACCAAAGAGGUGGUCCAGGAGAUCCUCCAAUUCCAAGAAGACCCUCAAACCAAGGAGGAGGUGGAGUCUCUGAGGGCAAAGCUCUCAGAGGAGCAGAAGAAGCAAGUGGAUCUGGAGAGGGAGAGGGCCUCCCAGGAAAAGCAGAUCGCGCAGAAGGAGGAGGAGCUCUCGCGGGUGAAGGAAAGGGUGGUGCAGCAGGAGGUAGUCAGGUACGAGGAGGAGCCAGGCCUGCGGGCCGAGGUGAGCGCCUUUGCUGAGAGCAUCGACGUGGAGCUGCGACAGAUUGACAAGCUGCGGGCAGAGCUGCGGAGGCUGCAGCACCGGCGCACCGAGCUUGAGCGGCAGCUGGAGGAGCUGGAGCGCGAGCGGCAGGCCCGCAGGGAGGCCGAGCGCGAGGUGCAGCGGUUGCAGCAGCGGCUGGCAGCGCUGGAGCAGGAAGAAGCUGAGGCCCGUGAGAAGGUAACCCGCAAGCAGAAGGUGGUGCUGCAGCAGGACCCGCAGCAGGCCCGAGAGCAUGCCCUGCUCCGACUCCAGCUGGAAGAGGAGCAGCACCGGCGACAGCUCCUGGAGGGUGAGCUCGAGCCCCUCCGGAGGAAACUGGCUGCCCUGGAGAAGACGGAGGUCAAGGAGAAGGUGGUGCUUUCCGAGAGCAUCCAGGUGGAGACGGGGGACACCGAGCAGGAGAUCCAGAGGCUCAAGAGCAACCUGGAGGAGGAGAGCCGCAGCAAGCGCCAGCUGGAUGUUGAGGUGAGCCGGCUGGAAGCCAGACUUUCGGAGCUGGAAUUCCAUAACUCCAAGUCAUCCAAGGAACUAGACUUUCUAAGGGAAGAGAACCACAAAUUACAGCUGGAGAGGCAAAACCUGCAGCUGGAGACCCGAAGGCUCCAAUCGGAAAUUGACAUGGCAGCGACGGAAACACGAGACCUGCGCAACAUGACCAUGGCGGACUCUGGGACCAACCAUGACUCCAGACUAUGGUCCCUGGAGAGGGAACUGGAUGACCUCAAGAGGCUCUCCAAGGACAAAGACCUCGAGAUCGACGAGCUGCAGAAACGUCUGGGCUCCGUGGCUGUCAAGCGGGAGCAGCGGGAGAACCACCUGCGGCGCUCCAUCGUAGUCAUCCACCCCGACACAGGCCGCGAGCUGUCCCCGGAGGAAGCCCACCGCGCGGGGCUCAUCGACUGGAACAUGUUCGUGAAACUCAGAAGCCAGGAGUGCGACUGGGAGGAGAUCUCGGUGAAGGGUCCUAAUGGGGAGUCCUCAGUAAUACACGACAGGAAGUCUGGCAAGAAGUUCUCCAUCGAAGAGGCCCUGCAGAGCGGCAGGGUGACCCCUGCUCAGUAUGACCGCUACGUCAACAAGGACAUGUCCAUCCAGGAGCUGGCGGUCUUGGUAUCUGGGCAGAAGUAGGCACAGCUCUUGUAACUCUUCGUAGCGGCAGAUGCUGGUUCUCCUCCGACGCUGUGACCUCCCUGGUGUCGUCUUCUCCCUAGCCCUGGUGUAGGCCAAGCAUUUUAUACACACCCUUGCUGCCAGGCUGCUCAGAGUCCAGCCCACAUAUGGGACGGGCACUGGCUGAAGACAGGCAACUCUCGUUCCAACCAUCCUUCACCCUGAGUGACCCACUUCAUCCUCCAAUGAUUGGACAACUGCGAUGCCUUUUCCUAUACACUCCCAGCACCAAACUCCUCGUGACACCUGCACACAAUCUGAAAACCACUAAAGCACAAGCCAACCACAGCAGCCAAGCCUGCUCCAUGCAGCAUGGGUACUGGUGGCACACCAGUGACACUGCCCCACAAAGGCCUGGGCCCGUGGGGGCUGCUGCCUGGCACGACAUCUCUCCAGAUUUCUGGCUUAAAACCAAGUUUCCAUCAGAGAAGCCUCCUCAGUAGUUACUCUGCUCAUGAGACAGAUCUGGGCUCCAAGCCAGCAAAGGUGAACAGAAACCACAAGUGUCCAGGCCUCGGUGCUAGAGUGGACGUUAAUUGUCAGCCAGACGGUCCCAGCACCCCCAGAGAAUGUUUCACAGUUCUGGCAUUUAAAUCCUUUGAUAGUGGAUCGUGUUGCUGUUAGCCUUAGUUUCAGUGCUUUACAAGUCUCGCUUAUUAUCUCAUUGGUAUUUAGGUAUACAAAACAGUUGAAUAUUCACCACGCGAGUUUCUGGUUCUCUGUAUUGCAUGUAGAACAUAAGAAAAUGGGAAGUAAUAGGGAACUUUAUUUAUAGCAUGAAAAUAAACCUGGUGGCUGGAGUCUACUUUUACGGUC